AGUCAAUUGACGAUGCGUCUCAAUUACGAUGUUCCACUGCGCAGUGAUAUCUUAUGUCCUUGUUCGCAUGCCAUGCUCUUUCGUGCGACCAUCCUACUACACUUGCAAACUUACUACUAAUAUGCCUAAAUGCACAUACUAACACCUCUAAUAUCUCCAGCCUGUAUCAUCCCAUAUCCACAAAAACACCCCGCAAACCAUCUCAUUCAAUCCUACCUCGCGCACGCAUGCACGCACGCGACGCCACAGCACAACGUAGAACAACAUCUCGGCACAGUCUCGCAAUCUCCUCUCUCACACUCUCUAUGACGCUCACAUCCCGUCCCAUUGCGGCACAGCCAUCGUCCCGCGACUCAAGGUGCAGCCAGCCUGGCCCGCGGAGGCCCAAAGGCGCAUUUUGUAGUUUGUACCUAGCUAAGGACGGACCGCUCUGGACUGUACCCGGCCUGGACUAUACAUACUGGGCUGUACCGGACUGCGGUCUGGGCACGGUGUGAUGUAUACAUGGCGAAAGAAAGGGGUCGUCGAGGGGGCAGAGUAGAGGCGUGAGUGACGUUAUGGUGAGCAGUAGACGGAGAUGAA